GUCUGAGCGGAUUGUGGAAGAGGAAAGGGAGAGCGCUUGUUGCUGUGGCCGAAGGAGCUCCUUUCCCGGGCAGAAGCGGGAGCUGCCGGUUCGGCUGAAGCUGUCCGCUAUGAGGAGAGUCACGCUGUUCGUUAACGGCACGUGCACGAACGGAAAGGUGGUGGCCGUGUACGGAUCGCUGGAGGAUCUACUGUGUGUGGCCGGCUCCAAACUGGGCAUUCGAGCCUCCAACGUGUACAACGGGAACGGCGGUCUCAUCGACGACAUCGCGCUGAUCAGAGACGAUGACGUGCUCUACGUUUCUGAGGGAGACUCAUUUGAAGAUCCUCAGGAUGACCCCAGAGGCCCUGAUAAGGAUCAGACUCACACUGAUUGGCUGACUCUCAACGUCGGUGGACGCUGCUUUACGACAACGCGGAGCACGUUAGUCAGUAAGGAGCCGGAGAGUAUGCUGGCCCACAUGUUCAGAGAGAAAGGUGAGCACAGCUUCACGUCAGCAGGAAGUGGUGCAUGUGCAGCGUGCUUUAAUCAUGCGCACGUUUCAGACGUGUGGGCAAACAAGCGUGACCGCCAGGGCGCAUACCUGAUCGACCGCAGCCCGGACUACUUCGAGCCCAUCCUGAACUACCUGCGGCACGGACAGCUCAUCAUCAACGAGGGGAUCAACCCCCUCGGUGUGCUGGAGGAAGCCCGCUUCUUUGGGAUCGAGCAGCUUGCCGAACAGCUGGAGGCCCUCAUAAAGUCCUCUCAGCCUCCUGACGAUCACUCACCUUUGACCCGGAAAGAGUUCAUCAGGUUCCUGUUGGCCACGACCACAAAGUCUGAGCUGCGCUGUCAGGGUCUGAACUUCACCGGUGCUGACCUGUCUCGUCUGGACCUGCGUUACAUCAACUUUAAGAUGGCCAACCUGAGAGGAGCCAACCUGACCCACGCUAACCUGAGCGGGGCCAACCUGGAGCGAGCCGACCUGUCCGCGGCCUGCCUUGACGGCGCCAACCUGCAGGGCGUGAAGAUGCUGUGCACCAACGCUGAAGGAGCGUCGUUGCGAGGCUGCAACUUUGAGGAUCCUGCAGGAGUCAAGGCCAACCUGGAGGGGGCCAACCUGAAGGGUGUGGACAUGGAGGGAAGUCAGAUGACGGGCAUCAACCUGAGAGUCGCCACGCUGAAGAAUGCCAAAUUGAAGAACUGUAACCUGCGCGGGGCGACUCUGGCUGGGACUGACCUCGAGAACUGCGACCUGUCCGGCUGUGACCUUCAGGAGGCAAACCUGCGGGGCUCCAACGUGAAGGGUGCCAUCUUUGAGGAGAUGCUUACGCCUCUACACAUGUCUCAGAGCGUGCGGUGAACCCGUUUUCCAUAACCAUGUACACUCACAGUGCCACACCGACCAAUGAAUGCCAAACUUUUUUUUUUUUUUUUUCUGCUCUCGAUCCAAAAAAGUGGGUGAGCCACAAAAUUAAAACCUGCUGUUCCUGCCCUGAACCACCUUCACAGGCGGUGGCUCCUCUGCGUUCUGCUUUAACCUCUUUAAACCCAGUUUGGGCUCUUUGUUCUCUUAGCUGCUGCUGAGCAGUUUGAUGUUGUUGUGGGAGACUGCUGCCACCGGGGGCGUGCCAUGCUUGGCUUACUGUGCUUGGGCGAGUGGACCAUGUCAGAAAUGUCCACCUGAACACCAGGACCCGUUGGAUCCCAGUGAGAUGUUCGGUGUCUUGCAGAGGCUUUAAUGUUGUGGCUGCUCAUAACGUCAGCUUUAUUUCAGCGUUUUCAGACAUGUCUGAAAUUCUGAUGCCUGCAGUAUUUCUGAAUUUUUUUUAUUUAUUUAUUUUUUGUAAAUGUAACGCAGGUUUGUGGUUGAGGCUUGUAUAUAGUAUAUUUUAAAGGGGACCUAUUCUUUGCAUCACUGACAGUUCUUUAAAAAAAAAAAAACCCAUCACAAACUAGGCCUCAGUGCAGCUCCUGAGCUCUGUGAUGUUCCUCAAGGAUCUACUCUUGGUCUUUUUAUUUUUCAUUAUACCUGCUUCCUGUUAGGGCUUAUGUUUAGAAAGCAUAAUAUUUUUUCUCAUCGUUAUGGAGCUGUUUUAUUUAGCAUGACCAAAAACUCCCAGCAGUCACUUUAAUGCUCUGUAAAAGGAUAAAAAACCAGGAUGUCUAUAAACAUUUUAACCCCUCAGCUGUAGAAGGCUGAAGUAUUUUUAGUCUGAUGAUCAGGAGAGUCAAAGGGAACCACAGCAAUCCAGUCAGUGAUAGAUGAAGCAUUAAGUUUAAAGCAGGUCCACGGAAAAACAGAGGAUCAACCUGUGAACUAAUUUUUCUGCAGCUUUACAGCUGUUAAAGUUUUCUCUGGUUUAAGGCCAGCUUGUGGUGGAAACUCUGAAGCAUGUUGUUUUCCAUUAAAAUCUCAGGCCUUCGUCAUCUGAAUUAUUUUAGGAUGAACUUAUUAUUUUGUAGGGUAUUUCUUUUAGUGUGUAGGCUUAGUUCACACCACAAACCUUUAAUCCAUGCUUCUCCUUUGACCUCACUGCUAAGAAGUGACUUAAUGUUAUUAGAUCAUCUUUUUUGUUUUAGGUUUUUUUUGUUUGUUUGUUUUUUAAGCUUCCCCCACUUUAAGCCAACUUUAAUCUGAUUGGCUGCCCCUCCCUACCAGAACAGUGGUGGGUGGUGCUUCUGUGUCCCCUCUCUGUGACAUACAGAGCCAUAAGUAGAAAAAACUAAGAUGAACUGAGUGAUUCGAUCAGCACAUUAUCAGAAACUUACAUUUAACAUGAAAUUCUGCUCUGGAACAGGAAAUGAUGCACGACAGGAAGUGAGGAAGAGCAGAGCAGGUCCUCUUUAAAAUCAAUGAGCAUUUCUCUGUAUCAUGUACAUGCAAACAGAAUUUCAUAUGAAAGAGUUUCAUGGAAGAAAAAUGAGGAUGAGUGAGAAGUCAAUCCUGCUCACCCCCUUCAGUGUGGAGCUGGGACCAGCUUUACCUCCCUCAUGUUACCUCUGAGCGGCUGAUUUCCCCUCGGCGUGGGAGGUGCAGCAGGCUGAAAUAAACUGGAAUGAGCCUUUAAUAAGAAGCAGAAACAGGUGUUGUUGUAAUAAAACAUAAACGUCAGUGUUUCUGAGAUUUUAGUGACUGUCAGGAGUGAGGCAGGGCGUCUCCUCUGCUCUUCAUCCUGUUUAAUAAAUCUGU